AUGUCUAUUGUAUUUAACUUUGAAGCUACAAUGGAUAUUGAUUCAAACAAUAAUUCAUUGAAUGGGAGUGAGGAAGUUGAAGAACAGGAUAACAAUCUUUAUAUUAACGAAAGUGGUGAAGUUGAAGAACCCAAGAAAGGGAUGUAUUUUAGCUUAAAACAAGAAGCGUACGCAUUUUAUGCAAAAUAUGCGAAACAUUGUGGAUUUGCUAUAGCUUUUAGAUCACAAAAUCUAACAAGUGAUGGGGAAAGGAUUCUUAAUCCGGUGAAGAAAAGACUAGAAGUGAACGAUGCAGCAGGGAUUGGGGUGGCAAGGAAUUUUCAUUCCAUGGUUGUUGAAGCAGGGGGAUAUGAGGCAUUGACGUUUGAUGAACGAGAUGCAAGGAAUUAUAUUGAGAAGGCUAGAAGAUUGAGACUUGGGCUAGGAGACGCCGAAUCAUCAAUUUUGUUUGGAUGUGGGUUGUUAUCUAAUGAGAACACUGAGACAUUUGUCUGGCUAUUUAAAGAAUGGUUAAGUUGCAUGUCAGAUGUGCCCCCAAAAGCAAUAAUAGCUUACCAGUGUAGAGCUAUGCAAAAUGCCAUAGAAAUAGUUUUCCAACAGGCUCGACAUCGUUGGUGCUUAUGGCAUGUAAUGAAGAAAAUUCCGGAGAAACUAAGAGGAUAUUCACAAUAUGAAGGCAUAAAGGUUGCUUUGCAAAAUGCUGUUUAUGAUUCAUUUACAAAAGAUGAAUUUGAGGGAAAUUGGCUUGCAAUGGUUACAAAAUUCAAUAUGAAUGAUAACGAGUGGUUAGGGGUAUUAUACCGUGAGCGACAUAGGUGGAUUCUUGCCUAUGUGAAAGAUAUAUUUUGGGCUGGCAUGUCAACUACCGGUAGAAGUAAGAGCAUGAAUGCAUUUUUUUAUGGAUAUGUGAACUCGAAGACUACCUUAAAGCAAUUUGUUGAGCGAUAUUGA